UUCCUCUCCACACCACACACCACCAACCCCGACGAUUCCCGCUCCCGUUCUUCUUCCCGAUGUCUCGCUCCGGUGCCUUAGCGGUGGUGCUCAUGAUAGCAGCAGUCGUCGCCCUCCUAGCGGGGUCCCAGGCCGAUGCCGUUGUCACCUGCGGCCAAGUGGCCUCCAACCUGCGGCCCUGCAUUCCCUACGUGACCGGUAAGGUGUCGGCGCUGCCUCCGCCCUGCUGCAACGGGGUGAGGAGCCUGAACACCGCCGCGCAGACCACCGCCGACCGCCGUGCAGCGUGCAGUUGCAUCCGCUCGCAGGCAUCUGGGAUCUCCGGUCUCCAGCCCGGCCGCCUUUCCGGGCUCCCCGGCAGCUGCGGCGUCCACCUUCCAUUUCCCGUCAGUACCUCCACUGAUUGCUCCAGUAACUGAUCGACCGGACCGAGUGGACCAGAUACUAUCCGAGUUAUAGAGGGAUACAUGGAAUAAAAAUGGGAGGUCGAGUCUCAUACUUGUGAUCCUCCCAUCGCGUCUAGCUUCGAUGCCGAGGCUUGUUAUUGUUCUAUAUAUCGUCAUGUUGUUUUGUCUAUAUUCUAAUAUAUACUUCUCCUUCGUAUCGUGUGAAA